GUAGUAAUUAAUCUCUACCACUAGGGGCAAUGGCGCGCCACUGUGGAGAAGAUGGCGGUGCAAGAAGGCGGGCCGGAGCUGCGGCUGAAGUACUCGCGGGCACUAAACCUGUCGGAGGUGGAGUCCAAGCAGGACCCGGAAUCCGAGCCUUACCGCUCCAAGUACGCGGCCCGCGAACUGCUGAAGGAACUGAAGGCUGCGGUGGGGCACAGGGCACAGGCCGGGGAAUCGGAGGAUGAGCGUGCCGAAGAGAGGCGCCUGCAGGACGGGCAGUGGCUGCAGAAGCUCGGGGUGCUGGAACUGCAGCUCGGCCUCAACCAUGCUGAGACGGAGGAGCUGUCGGCCGGGGAGGAACACCUAGCCAAAUGCGUGCGUGUCCUGGAGGCCUUCAAGUUGAGCCCCGAGGUCGUGUCCGUGUUCAUUCAGGCUGAGAAUCAGUUGGGCAUCUUAUGGGCUGGACUGGAAGAAAUGGAAAAAGCCAAGAGCUAUCUAGAAGAUGCUGAAGCACUUUACAAUCAGUAUAUCAAGGAGAUUGGUACUCCACCGUGGGACACACAUGAGCAUUUCCUGGGAGAAGAGGACAGGCUGAGUGAGCAGGAGAGACAGAAAAGGUUUGAGAAGGUUUAUACUCAUACCCUGUACUAUCUGGCACAAGUCUAUAAACACUUGGAUAUGAAUGAAAAGGCUGCCAGAUACUGUCACACUACCCUUCAACGCCAACUGCAGUUCAACCAUUAUAACCCUGUGGAGUGGGCUAUCAAUGCUGCCACCUUGUCACAAUAUUACAUCACCAAGCAGCGUUACAUGGAAGGUCGCCUGUGCCUUGCUGCUUCCAAUGUGAUCUUUAACCAAGCGGGAGCAGUGUCCUCGGAAUCUCCAGCAGAGGAAAGCGAAGAAGAGAGGGACCGUCGGGAUCAGCUCCAACAGAAGAAGGCAGAAAUAGCACGAUGUUGGAUAAAAUAUUGUCUCAACCUGUUGCAAGAUUCACGCAAACUGCUUGAGAAUGAUAUUGGUGAAUUGGAUUGGGAUCGGCAGGAAGAGCUGAAGACCAAAUUGAAAAAAGAAGAGGAGGAGAAAGAGCAGGGGAGGAAAAGUGCUGUGCUGUUUGGGUCCAGUGAUACAUUUGACCUGAUCCAGUCUGUUGAGGAGAAGGUGAGCUGCAUUUACCCUGUAGACUUCAUGAAAGCCCGAGAGGUAUUUUUGGUUGGCCAGAGCUAUGUGCAUGAAGCCAAGGAGUUUUUCCAGUUGGACGAUCAUGUAACUGACCAUAUUGAAGUGGUUCAGGAUCACAGUGCAUUAUUCAAAGCCUUGGCAUUCUUUGAAGAGGAUUUGGAGAGGCGUUGCAAGAUGCAUAAACGACGUAUAGAUAUGCUGAACGCUGUCUACACAGAGUUAAACCCUCAGUAUUACCUCUUGGUCUGCAGGCAACUUCAGUUUGAGAUGGGGGAUACGUACUAUGAAAUGAUGGAGCUAAAGGUCUCCAUUGCCAACCGAUUAGAUGAGCUGGAUAGUCAUAAUAUAAAGAAAAUCAAUCACCUGGCUCAAUCAGCCAUUUCCUACUACAGCCUCUUCCUGGACUCCCUGAAGAACUUGGAGAAGAAGUUUCCAGAGCAACUGGAAUCUGAUGUUUUACGGCCAGCAUUGGUGGCAAAGUUUCGUAUUGGAUGGUUAUACAGUAAAAUGAUCACGUCUGAUCCAAAGUUGCAGCUGGAGAACAUGCAGCGGUCAGUGGACUGUUACCGCUUUGUGGUUGAUUAUUGUAAUUGUCACGCUGAUGCUGCCAAAGCCAUGGAGCCUGAGCUGGAGCUUUGUGUUGAGAUGGCCACCCUAUUGCCAGCAAGAAUGGAGAAACUAAGGUCUAAAUUAGCACCAUUCACCUAAAAGUGUUGGCUGUGUCCUGGUCUGGUGACAUGCUUCAUUGCAUCGUUGGUUCAUGCUACAUACUUUCUUGUGCAAUAAACAUACCCUAUGGAGUCA